CUAAAAGAAUAUCAGCAGAGGAACAGCCCUGGUGUUCCAGCAGGAGCGAAGACGAAAAAGAAAAAUACUGGCAGUAGCCCUGAGACAACCACUUCUGGUGGUUGCCACUCACCUGGGGAUAAACAACAGAAGAAACAAGUGGAACAUCAGCUGGAAGAAGAAAAGAAAGCAAACAAGGAAAUAGACAAAGCACAAACGGAGCAGUUAGAGACAAUCAACAUCCGCACAUUGGAAAAGGCAGACUUGAAGACCACCCUUUACCAUACUAAACGUGCUGCCAGACACUUUGAAGAAGAGUCCAAGGAUCUGGCCGGCCACCUGCAAUACUCCUUACAGCGUAUUCGAGAAUUGGAGCGGUCUCUCUCUGCUGUGUCUACCCAGCAGCGGGAAGAGGACAGGUCCGCGAGGCGCAGUGAAGCAGUCCUCCAGCGGCAGUUACAGCAGACCAGAAAGGAGCGGGCGCUGCUGAACGCACACGUGAGACAGGUGACAGAGUCAUUUAAACAAGUCCAGCUAGAGAGAGAUGAAUAUGCUCAACAUAUAAAAGGAGAGAGGGCCCGGUGGCAGGAGAGGAUGUGGAAAAUGUCGGUGGAGGCUCGCACAUUGAAGGAGGAGAAGAUGCGUGACAUACUUCGGAUACAGGAGCUGGAGAGGAGCUUGUCCGAACUCAAACACCAGAUAGCUGAGCCCCCAUCCUCGGCGCCCCCAGCAGGGCCCUCUGAGGUGGAGCAGCUACCAGAUGAGGCCAAACACCUGAGGAAGGAGGUGGAGCGUUUAGUGGGAAAACUCCAAUCCCAGGUGGAAAACAAUCAGGCCUUGAGUCUCCCGAGCAAGGAGCAAAAGGAGAGGCUUCAGGAGCAGGAGGAGAGGAGGCUGCAAGAACAGGAGAGUCUGCGUGAGCAAAAGGAGAGGCUUAGGGAGCAGGGUGAGAGGCUGCGAAAGCAGGAAGAGAGACUGCAAAAACAGGAGGAGAGGCUAAGAAAGCAGGAGGGGAGGCUGCAAAAGCAGGAGGAGAGGCUGCGAAUGCAGGAGGAGAGGCUCGCGCUUUCCCAGAACCACAAGCUCGACAAGCAGCUGGCCGAGCCACAGUGCGGCUUCAAGGAUCUGAACAACGAGAACAAGAGCGCUCUGCAGUUGGAGCAGCAAGUAAAGGAGCUGCAGGAGAAGCUGAGUGAGGUGAAGGAGAUGGAGCACCUAGAAGCUGCCAGCCAGCAGAAUCAACAGCUAGAGGCCCAGUUGAGCCUCAUGGCUAUCCCUGGAGAAGGAGAUGAAGGAGGACAUCUGGACGGUGAGGAGGAGGAGGCACCUCGGCUCAUGCCAAACAUCCCAGAGGACCUGGAGUGCCAGGAGGCCAUGAGCAGCUUUAUGGACCUCUCGAAGAAGGCGGACAGGAAGGAGCAGGUGGAAAAAUUAGAGCUUGGAUUCAUCCAGCUCUCUGGAGCAACAGAGGGCAUGAGAGAGUACAUCACCGAAUAUGAGAGCCAGGGGGCAGUGCCAAACACUUGGCACCAGGAGAAGGAGGAUGUCAUGAGGCCGGCUCAGAACGAGGAGAUGAAGGUGAAGCUGCUGGAACUGCAGGAGCUGGUGUUGCCACUUGUGAGCGACCACGAGGGGCAUGACAAAUUCCCCUCCGCUGCCCAGAACCCG